AUAAAUUCACUCCUUUUCUUUUUAUUUUCUUUCACACUUUUUUUUUCGUAAAGCAUAUCCUCCAAUGACAACAGAACAAUUAAAAAUACUAUGGCUGCUAUUUGUGAUAUUAGUAUUGGUAGCCUUUUUUCUAGCGGUAAGAAGAAGACAGCUGGCUAAAAAGAGAGCAGGUCAAGCUGAGCAAAAUCUCAUCAACACACAGACAACGUUUGUCCGGCCUAACGGGCAGGAAGUGCGUAUUCAUAUGACCAGGACACUAAAUCCACCUAUACAACCACCCGCAGCAAGCUACAAUAGAGACGAUCCACCACCACCAGCGUUUGAUAGAGAAGAGCCGGCACCACCUUCAUAUCAAGACUUUAACAAAGAUGUGCUAAUUCAACCUUCCCGUAGUGUGUAGUAAUGGAUGUUUAUUUUUUUUUAUUUUUUUUUUCUUUUAAAAAAAUUCAUUUGUAUCUUGUAAAUAUAUAUACAAAUGUGAAAUAUAUAUA